AGCGCGUGGGCGGGUGGGCAAUCGGGUGAGGAGCCCGUUAGACCCCCCCGCCUAGUGGCUGCACUCUCACCUCGUCUGUCUGAUCUAGCUUCCAAGUUUUCUGUGGUGGGGGAGCCGCUUAAGUCCUGUGGCGUUUUUUCUUUCGCUCCUCUCCACCGCGCUGUGCAGCAGCUUCUAGUCUUAGUGGAGCAAUUUCUUAUGUCUGACUUGGUGCCUGUCGUGGGCUCCAGAGGCGUAGGAAUCUUAGGUCCCGGGCAAGUGCUUGCGGCAAAUGGAACCAGUUGUUGAACCCCUUCCACCUUCUUGAACCUUCAAGCCAAUCUGGUGAAGCAUUUGACAGAAGCAAGGAAAACAUCUCCUUUCAUCUCUGUAGUCCUAAGCUGUCCUGAAGCUCUCAACGUAAACCAUGCUGACCUUGAACUCAGAGAUUCAUUUGCUUCUGCUUUCUGAGCGCUGGGAUCAAUGAAGUGCACCACACAAACUCCGAUUCAUUCAUUUUUUAAUGGCAGCUUUCACUAUGUUGAAAAAAAUCAGAAUCUUCCAUUUAUCAUCUAUUAGCGAGAUUCUUCCGUGUGAGUAAAGACUCAGCGGGAAGAUCAGUUGACAGUUCAGGCUCAUGCUUUCCUAGGAAAGUUGGCCAUGGCAGCUCACCUCACAGAUGUGGGUUCUUCAGUCAGUGCAUCUGGAAGCUCACCAGUGGAAGAUGAUGAUGUUGUGUUUGUUGAUUCGAUACAGCCUCCAAUUUGUGCUCCAGCAGUAGCUGAGGAAAGAAACUUUGUAGUUGCAUCUUCAAAACAUGAAAAUCCACAAGGAAAUUACUCCAUAAUUCCUCCUUUACGAGAUUUAACUUCUCAGAAGGGAAAUAUAUGUGAAACAAUUGUUAUUGAUGAUGAAGGGGACACAGAAAUAAAUGGAGGGGAGGAGAAAAAUCCUACCAAUUUUACUGAAUGGGGACCUCAUGGAAACAAAGACAGUACCAAAAAUUUGGAUUUCUUCAUUUCCAGUCUAUCAAGAAGUAAGACCCAGCCUGGAGUAGGACCUUUCAAUCCUGGUAGGCUGGAUGUAGCAGAUGCGCUCCAGAAUGGAAGAUGUGCAGCACAUCCCAACCCUGAUUCCUGGAUCUCCCAGUCAGCAUCAUUUCCUCGUAACCAGAAACAACAAGGGGUGGAUUCUUUAUCACCAGUGGCCUCACUUCCUAAACAGAUCUUCCAGCCCUCAAACCAGCAUCUUACUAAACCUGUUAAAAUCACUUGUGCAAACUGCAAAAAUCCUCUACAGAAGGGGCAGACAGCUUAUCAACGGAAAGGAUCAGCUCACCUCUUUUGUUCGACCACCUGCCUUUCUUCUUUCUCUCAUAGGCGGACUCGAAAGACACGGAAUGUAGCAUGUAAAAAAGAUUCUCCUAUGAAGACUGCAACCGUUAUUCUUCCAGUGGAGUCAAGCAAGUCCUCAUCAGAAUUUUAUACUGCAUCUCUGUCUCCCUGUGAAUACUACCAGGAUCUCAGAAAAGACGCUUUUACGAAGUCAAGAUGUAUCAUGUGCAAUAAGUUAGGAGAGGUUCGUCAUGAAAUCAGUAUUAACAGUGUAACACAUAAACUGUGUAGUAACAAUUGCUUUAAUGAAUACAGAUUGACUAAUGGUCUAAUAAUGAACUGCUGUGAACAGUGUGGCAAGUAUAUUCCCAAGAAUACUGGACACAAGGUUCUGAUUACGGGUCAGCAAAAGAGCUUCUGCUGCCAGAGUUGUGCCAGUGAAUAUAAAGAGAUAAUGGAAACAAAAUUAAAAAUAUCACUUUUACAAAACAGAAAAAGGAAUGCUGUCAGAGAAGAAAAUGAAAGACGAUUAUAUGAAUCAAGUACACUUUCAGAAAAAAUAGGAGAAAUACCAGAAAAAAAGGAGAAGAUUUCAGAGGUAAUAGAAGUUGCAGCAGAAAGUAGCUUAGACACAUCAAGGGAGUCACAUGUGAACUCAGCCCCUGUGACAGCAGUGCCUGAUACAGUUCAAGAGCACCUGGGAGACGGGAGUUCAGACUCUGGUACGUCAGGUGUGCUAUCUUCAGAUCCAGGCUCCUGGCCCCGGAUCUUGAAUAUGAAACAACGUGAUAGUCUUGUCAAAAAUGAUCCACCUCAAAUAAGAAAUUUUCAUUUUCCAAAGGACAACACGGGAAGGAAGUUUUCCGAAGCGUACUACACACGGAUCCUUCCCAGCGGUGAGAAGGCCUGCAGGUCCUGGCUGCUCUACUCAGCCUCUAAAGAUGCGGUGUUCUGCCUGUACUGCAGACUGUUUGGGGAAGGGAAAAAUCAACUGAGAAAUGAGAACGGGUGCAGAGAUUGGCAGCAUUUAUCCCAUAUUCUUAGUAAACAUGAAGAAAGUGAAACGCACGUCAACAACAGCGUUAAGUAUUCAAAGUUAAAAUCUAACUUGGAAAGUAAAACCGAUGACGCUACAGACCACAGACUUAAUGAAGAUGGGGAAAAUGGUGUGCUGCUGUUGUACACAUAAUGUCCUGUCUGCUCUAGACAUGACAGUGUCAGCAUCACCCAGAAAAGUUUAGUACCAGGAGCCAGUACCAUUACACUGUGGCACUCUUAAGUGAAACUCUUACAGGGGUUCAUCUCCAGUAUGUCCAAUAGCAAAUAAGUAGUAAAAAUAUUCCUGUCCAGAUGCAAAGGCAAUUGGAGUGAUAAUUAAAAGCAGUUUGAGUUUUGUUACUAUGUGGGCUCUCACCUUGUUAAAGUUGUUCUCAGAGGACUCCCACUUAAUGGCCCAAGAGCCAAAGAAUACAAGAUACAUACAUAAUAAGCAUUUUUGACAUUGUUAAAGAAAUAUGUUCAGGCCAGGCAGUGGGGGUGCACACCUUUUAUCUCAGCACUCGGGAGGCAGAGGCAGGUGGAUCUCUGUGAGUUACGAAGCCAGCCUGGUCUACAGAGCAAAUUCCAGGACAGCCAGGGCUACACAGAAAAAAAAAAACAAAAACCUAUCUUGGAAAACUAAAAAAAAAAAAAAAAAUUCAAACAGUUUAAGAACAGAAUAGAAUCUGCAGCUACAGCUAUUUGCUAGUAAACCAAAUUCUUGUGUUUUUUUUUUAAUGUUUUUCUCUUUGUGCAAAUCAGUUCAUUUGUUACACUAAAUAAAGGUAAUUUGAAUUUAUUGGCUUUAUAUUUUUCGUUUUCAAUUUAAUCUGUAAAUGUUUUAGCUUUUGUUAUAUGAGAAUUAUAAUUAUAAAGAAUAUGUAGCUAUUUUUAUGUUAGUAUGA